AUGGCUUAUUCUCCAUUACUAUCUCUUGAUGAUUUAACUAUUCGUGAAUGGAAUGAAUUAACUUCAACUAUUAAAAAAACAAUUAAUUUAUGUCAACGUAUUGACUUGUUACAUGUAUAUCCAACUGAAUUAUGUCCAAAAAAGCGCAAUAACUGGUAUUUAGGUACUUGUAAUACAGCAGCGGACAAAUACAAAUGGCGUUGUCGAUCUUUUGGUACAACACCUGCUACUUCUUCAUCAUCAAUUGUUGAACAUACGACAAAUCCACCGAUGCAAAAUGAACAAGAACAAAAUGUCAUAACAAAUACAUCACCAUAUAAAACUGCUCCCAGCAAAUUUUAUAAUGAUAGUAAAGUUGAAGUCGCAUUAGCUCGUUUAGAUGAUGUACAAAAUUUAAUUCGAUGUGGUUCUAUCUAG